ACAGAGUUUCGCUGCCUUUAGUAGCUUCUUCGUCUUCUUCUUCUUGAUCGGGUACUGCGUGGGAUUUGAGCCCGAGCUUCGUCGACACCGAUGGCGGACGUUCCCAUGGGGGAGGUCGAGACCUUCGCCUUCCAGGCCGAGAUCAACCAGCUCCUCAGCCUCAUCAUCAACACCUUCUACAGCAAUAAGGAGAUCUUCCUCCGCGAGCUCAUCAGCAACGCCUCCGACGCAUUGGACAAAAUUCGUUUCGAGAGCUUGACCGACAAAAGCAAGCUUGAUUCUCAGCCCGAGCUCUUCAUCAGAAUCGUCCCUGACAAGGCCAACAAGACUCUCUCCGUCAUUGACAGCGGCUGCGGCAUGACCAAAGCAGAGCUGGUGAACAACUUGGGCACCAUCGCGAGAUCCGGAACUAAGGAGUUAAUGGAGGCACUGCAAGCUGGAGCUGAUGUGAGCAUGAUCGGGCAAUUCGGGGUCGGUUUUUACUCGGCUUACUUGGUUGCUGAGAAAGUUGUGGUGACCACCAAGCACAAUGACGAUGAGCAAUACAUAUGGGAGUCUCAGGCUGGCGGGUCCUUCACUGUUACUAAGGACGUCUAUGGGGAGCCUCUAGGCAGAGGUACCGAGGUUACCCUCUUCCUUAAGGAAGAUCAGUUGGAAUACUUGGAGGAAAGGAGAUUGAAAGACCUUGUGAAAAAGCACUCUGAAUUCAUUAGCUAUCCAAUCUAUCUCUGGGUAGAGAAGACUGUCGAGAAAGAAGUCAGCGACGAGGAGGAUGAGGAGACCAAGAAGGAAGAGAAAGGGGAUGUGGAGGAGGUAGACGAAGAGAAAGAGAAGAAGCCUAAAAAGAAGAAAGUGAAGGAGGUGAUCCAUGAAUGGCAGCAGAUCAACAAGCAGAAGCCCAUCUGGAUGCGGAAACCAGAGGAGGUGACCAAGGAGGAGUAUGCCGCCUUCUACAAGAGCUUGACCAAUGAUUGGGAGGAUCACCUGGCCGUCAAGCACUUCUCGGUCGAAGGGCAGCUCGAGUUCAAGGCUAUCCUGUUCGUUCCGCGGCGAGCCCCGUUCGAUAUCUUCGACACGAGGAAGAAGAUGAACAACAUCAAGCUUUAUGUGAGGAGGGUCUUCAUCAUGGACAAUUGUGAGGAGCUGAUUCCCGAGUAUCUCGGAUUUAUCAAGGGAGUCGUGGACUCUGACGAUCUUCCUCUCAACAUCUCGCGCGAGAUGCUGCAGCAGAACAAGAUCCUCAAGGUUAUCCGGAAGAAUCUUGUCAAGAAGUGCAUCGAGAUGUUCUUCGAGAUUUCCGAGAACAAGGAGGAUUACGCCAAGUUCUACGAUGCCUUCUCCAAGAACGUCAAACUGGGCAUCCAUGAGGACAGCCAGAACAGAGCUAAACUCGCGGACCUGUUGAGGUAUUACUCGACCAAGAGCGGUGAUGAGAUGACGAGCUUGAAGGACUACGUGACUAGAAUGAAGGAGGGACAGAAGGACAUUUACUACAUCACCGGCGAAAGCAAGAAGGCGGUGGAGAACUCUCCGUUCCUCGAGCAGCUGAAGAAGAAGGGCUAUGAAGUCCUUUUCAUGGUGGACGCCAUAGACGAGUACGUCGUCACGCAGCUGAAGGAGUACGACGGCAAGAAAAUGGUUUCCGCAACCAAGGAGGGGCUGAAGUUGGAGGACGAGUCGGAGGAAGAGAAGAGGAGGAGGGAGGAGAAGAAGAAGUCGUUCGAGAACUUGUGCAAGACGAUCAAGGAGAUACUGGGAGAUCGGGUGGAGAAAGUGGUGGUGUCGGACCGAAUCGUGGACUCGCCCUGUUGCUUGGUGACCGGGGAAUAUGGAUGGACGGCGAACAUGGAGAGGAUCAUGAAGGCUCAGGCGCUGAGGGACAGCAGCAUGGCGGCUUACAUGUCCAGCAAGAAGACCAUGGAGAUCAAUCCCGACAACGGCAUCAUGGAGGAGCUGAGGAAGAGGGCCGAGGCCGACAAGAACGACAAGUCGGUGAAGGAUAUAGUGCUGCUGCUGUACGAGACCGCGCUCUUGACCUCCGGGUUCAGCCUCGACGACCCGAACACCUUCGCGUCGAGGAUCCACAGGAUGCUGAAGCUCGGCCUGAGCAUUGAGGAGGGUGACGAGAACGCUGGCGAGGACGCGGAGAUGCCUCCACUGGAGGAGGGAGGGAAUGAGGAGAGCAAGAUGGAGGAAGUCGAUUAAACAAGGAAACAACUUGAACAAAAUCGACAGUAACAAAAAGCAUGCAGGACGGGGUCAUGCUUCUCGGUCGUAUAUAUCAGUGUCUGGGGUUG